AAAACCCAACAGAUGGCGUGCAUAUUGUAAACAUUUUCAAGAUGAUUGUGUUCGAAAUCGUUUGGACAGUAAUUUAUUAGAAUCUUGUUAAUUGACACCUCCAGCCGGCAGAGCAUAGUAUUGCCCGAUCAAGGAAUCACAUCGAACACUUGAUGCCUUUUUGCUUUCCAGCGACUUCAAAACUCUUCGUCCACAAUAAUGGAUUGUCUACAAUCAACAAGAAUGCUGUUCUUUCAGACUCUAUGACAUUUGAGAAAGCCUACUGCCUGUAUCGCUUAAACAGAACUCAGGAAUCAUUUGCUGUGCUUAGCAAGGAGAACAAUCCUGAAGCGAAGCAUAAGGAACUGAAAGCUCAGGUUUUGUACCGCAUGGAAAGGUUUGUGGAAUGUCUUGAAUUGUACAAAGAUUUAAUCAAGAACACUCAGGACGACUAUGAGGCAGAACGUGAAACAAACUUGUCUGCAGUUGUAGCUUCUCUUAGUCUUGAAGGAACAAAAACAAGCCUACCCAUGUCAAGAGAUGACAGCUACGAGUUAUCUUACAACGAAUCUAUUCGUUUGCUUGGUGAAGGUAAAAACGCUGAAGCUGAGGCCCAGUUAUGCAAAGCUGAAACUCUUUGUAGAAAAAGCCUAGAAGAAGAAAUUGAAGAUGAAUUAGCUCUUAUACGGUAGGCAUUUGAUGGAAUU